AUGAUUAAAUAAUCAACUUUUUCAAAAUGUGGUAAGCACCAUAAAGAGAUAGUCCUAAUUGGAAAGAGCAUAGGAAGGUUAUGCAUGUAUUGCAUCACAGAUUUACUUGCUGCUUAAGAAAUUAGUUUUCCAUCUAUUUAAGAUGCUAUGGUAUUACCUGGAAAUAUUUCAAAUCUUUUCAUAAGAGAAUUAGAUGACCAAAGCAAAAAAAAUAUUGAGAUAUUAAUGAAAAUUAAAAUAUAUUUAGCAAAUUGGAAAUCAUACAUUUCAAAGGAAAUUGAUAAAAAUAUUGUAAAAAUAGAUAAUUCAAUAUACAAUAUUAAUGAUACAAUCAAAGGAAUAGCAAGGUCCUUUCAAAAGAUGGAGGAAACAGUGUCAUUUUUAGCAGCCUGGAAAAAUAUAAAAUCAAAUCUCUUCAAGUAUUCAGAUUUGUCAAAUGAUAUUGUUCAAUCAGUUUUUUUGUUAUAAUCGAAAUAAUAGGAACUUUAUGAAGACAUAAUAAAUAAUACAGGUCUUUAUACAACUAAUGAUAUCAUAGAAACAUUUGACGAAUUAAAUAAGUAUGCAAAUUAGAAUGAUGAAGCGUAAUCAAAUGAAUAAAUAUUUGAAUAAUUUAUAGAUAAAAGUGUUUUCCAGGAGGAUCUUUGCCGUGCUAUAGCCUUUAACUAAAAUUCUUCCAUUAUGAUCUCAGGGCAUUUAAGUAAUAAAAUAAGAAUAUAUGAUUUCAAAAAUGAAGAAAUAAAAUUCAAUUAAGAACUUUCAGAACAUACUAAUAUAGUGUAAUGUUUGCACUUCAUGAAACACUUUAAUUAGUUCAUCUCAGGAAGUUUUGAUAAGACCAUUCGAAUAUGGUCUUUUGAUAAUUCUUAGAGUAUAUGGUAUUGUUCAGAAAUAUUAAGAGCGCAUAUUUCUGCAAUUCAAUGUAUGANAAAAAUGACACUGUAGGAAUAACUUAUGAUAUUUUUCUAUUUAUAACAUUACAUUAAUAGUUUUGUUUAUCAAAUAUAUUUAAUGGUGUUUCUACGUUUUCUUAAUUUUCAUUUUCUAUUUUAUAUUAAUUCAUUUUUGAAUUAUUGA